CUCAGCGCUCCCUCUUCAGCAGCACCGCCCGCUCUCUUUCUCUUUCUACCUAUUUCUCUCUCUCGCUCCCUUUUCUUUCUCUCUCCUUCUCUCUUUGGCUCACAGAAGGUUUCCAGGCUCCUGGUCCGUCCGUCUGUCCUUCUGCCCGUCUGCCUGACCGUCCGACGAUCCCAGUGAAGCUCCAGCACCAACCCGGGACACAGACUCUCACAAAGUUGCAGAGAUGGCGAUGAACAGCAUUCUCAACGCUGCCGAUAUCAAGAAAGCCCUAGACGCAUUCGCAGCGGCUGACUCGUUUGACCAUAAGAAGUUCUUUGAGAUGGUGGGUCUGAAAGCCAAGUCAGCUGAGGAUGUGAAGAAAGCCUUCCUGGUGCUGGACGCUGAUGCCAGCGGAUUCAUAGAGGAGGAGGAGCUCAAGUUCGUACUGAAGGGAUUUGCCUCAGACGGCAGGGACCUGACCGACAAAGAAACCAAAGCGUUCUUAAACGAAGCCGACAAGGACGGAGACGGCAUGAUCGGCAUCGACGAGUUCGUUGCCCUGGUGCACGAGUAAUAGACACAUCCCUAAACCGACUAGCGCUCCACCACCCGGCCCCCGAUAUUCCCUCUCUCCCAGUCUGCAGCCCCCCCCCACCACCUCAUCCCUCCACCUGCCCUCACUGACACCCAGCUCUCUCCCACUCAAGCGCACUACUACUACUGCACUGGAGGAAUGGGGUCGUGGCUCCCACCCCCCACCCCGCUAACUUACCCCUCUCCACCACUCCCACCCACAACCUAUUUAUUUUUUUCCUUUUUAUACAAAACGUAUGUGUUUCUGUUUAUGUAUAGUUAUCAGACCGCCUGGAAGGCCAAUAACCUCAAGUUAAAAUAAUAAUGUAGAUAUUUCAAAAUGAGAGAAAGUCAUUUUACUUCACCCCCUUUUUACUCUGUCCCACUACCCCCACUCUUUAUCUUUAUCUGUCCAUCUCUAUUUCAACUUUCUGGCACUGCUCCUUUCCUUUCCUUUCCUCCCCUCUCUCCUUUGGUAAUGAGCUGUUGUAAAAACACACCAAAAGAUGAAGCUGUGAACGAACAAACUAAAAUAAAUUUAAAAAAUGCCUCAAGAACAACUGACUCACUCUGAAUGCUUCCUCUGUUUGUCUCCUUCUCUUCUCAGAUUGGUAUUGCUGAGUGAUUAGUGCUUUUUGGAGGUCGGUUCAGUUUUGGUUUGAUUACAAAAAAGUAAUCAAGGUUUUCGAUUUCAAUAAUAUAUUUAGCCUUUUACUGCAGUGGGCUAAAUCAGAGUCACACAGAGUGUUGGUUAAACAAAUCCACUUUGAAACAAAAGUAUACCCCUCAUUCACAUGUUUAUGGGCUUCAGAAAAUAAGACACCUGUACCAUGUCAGAUAUAGAGUUGAAAUGUGUUCAAUUUUGAGUUUGCUUCCCAAUAUUACAUCACAGACGAUAGAAAUAUAGCAAAACCGUUUGACAUAGAUUUUCGGCAGCUUCUUAAAAAGGAUGUUAAUUAAUUGUGAAAUUAUAAAAACUAUUAAUAACAUUCCACCAACGAGGCCACUAGACGGGAAAUGUUGCCCUUUGACUGCAGGGAUGGGGUACACAUUAAAUGCAUUACGAAAUAAAACAAUUUAAAUGAUUUUAAAGCUUUUUAAUGGAAAUUAAAAACCAAAAAUAGUGAACAUUUAUACUGUCAAAACAUUUCAAAUAUUCCAUUGUCUCUGUCAAGGUUCACAUUGGGUAGACAUCCAUUGAAAAAUAGAAAAUGACUAUCAUAAUGAUAACAUAUUUCAGUUGUGUACAUUACUUCAUUUUUAUCUGAUGUCUUUAUCAUUUUUCAUUCCUUAAAGUCAUCAUCUCAUCUCUGCUCAAGUAGUAGCAGCCAGCCAGCCCGACCAUCUAACGUUACAGUAUUUCUGUGCUUCAUAUACCGUACUGUCUUUAGUCAUCCUAUUUAGCUAGGCUAGCCUGUCUAAUGAUGUUGCAGAGCAGUCGGUUAAAAAAACAUUUUUACUAGCUCUUCAAACAAGGUAAGGCAUACUUUCACAAAUUGUCUCCGUCCCUCUCAUCGUUGUGUUCUGUACAUUCCUAUCAUGCGGUCUAUUUGGUCUGUGUGUGUCUUAUCUAACAUCCAAGCCGGGAAGUACAGGCGCAAUGGAUUAUGGUCAUUGUAGUUCAUCACCAAAUUUCUGUGCUGAAUUAAGUUUAAUUAUUGGCUUAAUACUACAGCCAAGCGUCCCCACGUAGUUCUUGACUUGAUUUUGCUCGUGAAUUAUUGGAUUUCUCUCUACAGAAACGGCGCGUUGGGCUCACAAAAAAAGAACUAAAUGGAAUUCAAAUAAAUGAAUCGACGUCGGUUAAUUGGUUGUUCAACACAUUUCAGUUAAUCGCUCAGCACUACCGAUUGGCCCUCGAUAACUAGAAAAGAAAUGUGUCAAAUAUCAACAGCAACUAAAAAAACAGAAUCAGAGGAUGUAUUUUUGUCUGAUUAAAGGAAUUGGAAACAAUGUGAAAAGCAGCUACCAUUUUUAUUUUAGCAGUAAAGUCAAAAGUCAUUGUUUUGUUGGAGCUAUUACAUUAGCUCAACACUCUCACAUGUCAGCCAUUCACAUAGCUGAGUACACACUAAGGGUAAUUUAGAUUAAGUAUCCCCAUUGGUGGAUUAGAAUUGACAAACCCAGGUCCUUCACUAGAGUAGUAGGCCACCCUACUGCCUGCAUGAGCAAAGAAACACACAAAUCUCAUUGUACAUUUACUAAAGGCACUGGACCAAACAGCACUGUUAAAUUAAGCACUAAAACUCACUUGUCAUAACAAUCUACCUGCAUGGCAUUCCUAAGAGAAAGAUCAGCUCACUGUGGUUCACUGUAGUUUAGCAUCAAAGUGAAGUAUUGGUUUAAAUUGGCAUAUUGUUACUGUACAAGCAAAACUAAACAAAAGUGCUACUUGAAGAAAACAAUGCAAAAGGCUUUGAUAAAAACAACUACUUCUACCACGAUAUUUCCUGUACCUGACAUGUACAGUUGAAGUCGGAAGUUUACAUACACCUUAGCCAAAUACACUUAAACUCAGUUUUUCACAAUUUAAUCUAGUAAAAAUUCCCUGUCAGUUAGGAUCACCACUUUAUUACGAGAAUGUGAAAUGUCAAAAUAAUAGUAGAGAGAAGGAUUUCAGCUUUCAUUUCUUUCAUCACAUUCCCAGUCGGUCAGAAGUUUACAUACACUCAAUUAGUACUUGGUAGAUGCUACAUUGCUGCCUUUAAAUUGUUAACUUGGGUAAAACGUUUCGGGCAGCUUUCCACAAGCUUGGGUGAAUUUUGGUCCAUUCCUCCUGACAGAACUGGUGUAACGGAAUCAGGUUUAUUGGCCUCCUGGUCACACAUGCUUUUUCAGUUCUGCCCACAAAUUUUCGAUAGGAUUGAGGUCAGGCCUUUGUGAUGGCCACUCCAAUACCUUGACUUUUUGCCCUUAACUACUCUUACCACUUGGGAGGCGGCCCAUCAGGAAGACCAGGACCCAGUUGCAGAGGGAGGUGUUUAGUCCCAGGGUCCUUAGCUUAUAGAUGAGCUUUAAGCCAUUCUUCCACAAAUUUGGAAGUAUGCUUGAGGUCAUUGCCCAUUUGGAAGACCCAUUUGCGACCAAGCUUUAACUUCCUGACUGAUGUCUUGAGAUGUUGCUUCAAUAUAUCCACAUAAUUUUCCUACCUCAUGAUGCCAUCUAUUUUGUGAAGUGCACCAGUCCCUCCUGCAGCAAAGCACCCCCACAACAUAAUGCUGCCACCCCCGUGCUUCACGGUUGGGAUGGUGUUUUUCGUCUUGUAAGCCUCCCCCUAUUUCCUCCAAACAUAACAAUGGUCAUUAUGGCCAAACAGCUCUAUUUUUCUUUCAUCGGACCAGCGGA